AUGAUAGGAAUUACUUUGGAUGGUCUCAACAAGUUCGAGUUAUUCUUAAAGGACAGGGAAUGACAAAUCACUUAGCUCAUCCAAACGUGAAGGCUGGAGAUCUGGGAUUUGAAGCAUGGGAUCAAAAAGACACAAGAAUCAUGGCUUGGAUAUGGACAACCAUGAUUCCUGAGAUCCAUAGAACAUGUUUGUAUCUUCCCAUAGCUAGAGCAAUGUGGGAAAAUUUAUAUCAGACUUAUUCAAGAGCAAGAGAUGCUGCACAACUUUAUGAAUUAAAGUUAAAGAUGAUGACUAUGAGGCAAAUGAAAAAAUCAGUGACAGAAUACACUCAUGAAGUAAGAACAUUAUGGCAAGAAUUUGAUCAAUAUAAAAUUGCUGAUAUGACAGAUCCAUUUGAUGCAGCUUUGUAUAGAGAGGAAAUAGAAAGGGAUAGAACCUUCGAAUAUCUUGUGGAACUGAACUCUGAAUAUGAUCAAGUCAGAAUUCAGAUCCUAGGAAGAGAGAAAUUACCUCCUCUCAAUGAAGUAAUCUCCCUAGUAAGAGGAGAAGAAAGUUGUCGGAACCUAAUGCUUGGUUCUCAGAAUGUGGAAAAUUCAAUAUUUAUGACUAAAAAUGGAAAACAUUAUGGCAAUAAUAGUGCCAAAACAAAGGGUGAACCUUCAGGACAAGAGAGGACUUCUAACAAUGAUUUAAGAAACAAGUUAUGGUGUACAUAUUACAAGAAAGCAAGGCACACAAUUGACAGGUGUUAUAAAUUACAUGGAAGGCCUCAAAGUCAUAAAUGGGUACAAAAGAGAGGACAACAAAAGAGUGAAAAUCAAGCAUAUAUAUCUGUUGUCCAACAAGGGGAAGUAAAUACCUCAGCUGCCAUAGAAGAAGUUCCACAAGCUCAAGUAUUACAAGCUUCGUGUUCAUCUAACUAUUCAAGUAAGUCUCCAACUUUUAUUGCGUUGAGUGCCUCAACAAAUAGUAAAUCUUCACCCUGGAUUGCUGAUUCAGGGGCCACAUAACAUAUGACCUAUGCCUCUCAUCUAUUUAACUCAUAUGCUCCUUGUCUAAGCAAUAGAAAAACUACCACAGCUGUUGGCUCCUCAAUUACAGUUGCUGGGAUAGGAAACAUUUGUCUUAACCUUAUAUUACCUUGAAAGAUGUACUUCAUGUUCUUAUGUUGACCACCAACCUAAUUUUUGUUAGCAAACUCACACGUGACCUAGGUAAUGUUGUGUUUGAUCCUAAUACUUGUCUGUUUUUUGACAAGAUGUCUGGGAGGACGAUUGGACGUGCUAGAGAAUGGAGUGGAAUCUAUUAUUUGGAGCUUCCAAGCCAAUCAAACAUUGCAAUAGAUCAAAACAACAUUCCUAAGAACCCUGACCUGUCAAACAGUGAAAAAAAUUGGCUUUAACAUCAAAGAUUAGGACAUCCCUCUUUUUUGAUUCUGAAGAGUUUGUUUCUUUCUUUGUUUCACAACUUGAACACCUCUGAAUUCAAGUGUGAAGUAUGUGAAUUUGCCAAACAUUGAAAAAUAUCAUUUCCUGAAAAUAAUACGAAGUGUUUAAUACCUUUUUUCCAUGUUCAUAGUGAUGUAUGGGGGCCUGCAUCAACACCUAGCACAAGUGGAGCUAGGUGGUUUAUCACCUUUAUUGAUGAUUGUACAAGGAUGACGUGGAUUUAUUUGCUUAAAAAUAAAUCUGACGUAAGUAUGGCACUCAUACAAUUUUGUUCUUUAAUAAGAACUCAGUUUGAGACAACAAUUCAGAGGUUUAGAUCUGAUAAUGCUAAAGAUUACUUCAAUCAUACUUUAACUUCUUACUUUCAAAAAGAAGGUAUUGUACACGAAUCAUCAUAUGUCUAUACACCCCAACAAAAUGGGGUGGCUGAACGGAAAAAUGGUCAUCUGUUAGGGAUGACUAAAGCUCUCAUUAUUCAAAAUAACAUACCAAAAUAUUUUUGGGGUGAGGGAGUUCCUAUGGCUGCCCAUCUUAUAAAUCGUCUACCAACUAAAUCUUUGAAUUUUAAAAGUUCUAUUGACAUGUUAUCUUUCUUUUACCCUCAUAUUCUAUUGAAAACGAAUCUCAUAUCCAGAAUAUUUGGUUGUACAGCAUUUGUUCAUAUUCAUGAACAACAUAGAGACAAAUUAGAUCCUAGAGCUCUAAAAUGUAUUUUUGUAGGAUAUUCCCAAACACAGAAAGGAUAUUGUUGCUAUUAUCCUCCGACAAAGAAAUUUUUCAUUUCAAGGGAUGUUACCUUCAAUGAGAAGGAAGCAUAUUAUGACAUAUCAAAUCAUCAUGAUAAAAUUAAAAUGUUAGAGGAUCCAGAAAUAAUUUUUUUACUUCCUGCUGCCAAUUCAUUACUAGACCUCACUAUGGCUCCCAUCGAACCACCUAUUCUUGAAUCUACUCCUAAUGUAUACCUCAAAAGAGGAAGAUUUAGCCAUGUAUAUUUCAGAAAAAAAGAGAAUACUCCAGAAUCUGUGCAUGUUCAAGAAUCCUCCCAGGAUGAGUCAUAUGAGACAUCCCAGACCAGCACCUUACUUACUGAUGAAGACCUACCUAUUGCCCUUUGAAAAGGGGUAAGAGAAUGUACCAAAAAAUCAUUAUAUCUUAUGACACUUUUUUUGUCAUAUAAUAGAUUAUCACCUUCACACAAGGCCUUUGUAUUUAACCUAAAUUCUACCUCAAUCCCAAAGACUGUUUUUGAGGCUUUAACUCAUUAG